CCUUAUUUUCUCCAGUUGUCUUGUUUCGGAAAAAAAUAAAUAGAGUAUAAAGGAAUGAUACCACCCUCGAUCGAAUGUUGUAAGAAAUUUGAGGAGGAAGAAAUGAAGGAUACCAUUGUUUUGUAUCCCUCUCCGGGAAGAAGCCACCUAGUCUCCAUAGUAGAGCUCGCAAAACUAAUACUAACCCACCAUCCUUCUUUCUCCGUCACAAUCAUCAUCACCGACGCACCCUUCGAAACCGGCUCCACGGCCUCAUACAUCGCCUCUGUUUCUGCCGAAACGCCUUCCUUCACCUUCCAUCACCUACCCACCAUCCCCAUCCCUAACACAUCUUCUUCUAUUCUCGACAUCAAAACAUUAUCUUUUGAGUUCCACACUCUCAUCAACCACCAUUUCCACGAUGCACUCUUGUCCAUCUCCCAGUCAUCCAAUCUCAAAGCUUUAAUCAUGGACUUCUUCUGCAAUUACUCUUUUGAAGUCUCCACCAGCCUCGGCAUCCCCACUUACUAUUUCAUAACUGGUGGCCUUACUGGGCUUGCCGCUUUUCUUUACCUUCCUACGCUCCAUAACAACUUCACUAAGAGUUUUAAAGAACUCGACGAGAUUCUUUAUAUUCCCGGCAUACCACCUAUUCCCGCCAAAAAUAUGCCGGUUCCCAUGCUUGAUCGAUCCCUAAAAAUUUACAAGUACUUCUUGGAAACGGCAAUCCAAAUGACUAAAUCAACAGGGAUCAUCGUAAACGCCAUUGAAACACUGGAGCAAAAAGCUUUAAAAGCAAUUCAGAAUGGAGAAUGCACACCCGAUCAUCCCGCUCCGCCUAUAUACUGCGUAGGGCCGUUGGUUCCUACUGAUGUAAGUGAAAGUGGAGGAGCCAACAUUUCCAAACACGAGUGCUUGACUUGGCUUGAUUCGCAACCAAGUCGAAGCGUGGUGUUUUUAACCUUCGGUAGCAUAGGGAGGUUCUCUGCCAAACAGUUGAAAGAAAUCGCUAUCGGGUUAGAGAACAGCGGCGUUAGAUUCUUGUGGGUAGUUCGCGCUCCGCCGACGGAUGAAUCAGAAAAGACUACCGCCGCAGCUGCAGUGGAGCCAAGUUUGGAUUUAUUGUUGCCGGAUGGGUUCAUGGAGAGAACAAAAGAAAGAGGGUUUGUGGUGAAAGGGUGGGCGCCGCAAGUGGAGGUACUGAAUCAUGACUCAGUCGGUGGUUUCGUCACAACUUGUGGAUGGAACUCAAUGUUUGAGUCGCUACGUGCGGGGGUGCCGAUAGGGAGGAUGGGUCGGUGAGCGCGGCGGAGUU